CCGAGCGCGGCACCACCGUCCGAUCCUGGAUCCAACAGCCGAAACCCAGCCUCCAGAAACCCUAGUGCCGCCAUCCUAUAUAACGCUCCCCGCCUCCCGCGCGCUCCGAUUUGACCCAUCUCCCAACCCCUACACUCCCGGCGGCGGCGCAGGAGCAGCAGCACCAGCACCCGAGGAUGGUGAAGUUCCUCAAGCCCGGCAAGGCCGUGAUCCUCCUGCAGGGCCGGUUCGCCGGCAGGAAGGCGGUGAUCGUGCGCGUGUUCGAGGAGGGCACCCGCGACCGCCCCUACGGCCACUGCCUCGUCGCCGGCCUCGCCAAGUACCCCAAGAAGGUGGUCCGCAGGGACUCGGCCAAGAAGACGGCGAAGAAGUCGCGCGUCAAGUGCUUCAUCAAGCUCGUCAACUUCACCCACCUCAUGCCCACCCGCUACACCCUCGACGUCGACUUCAAGGACGUGGCCACCGGCGGGCCCGACGCGCUCUCCACCCGCGACAAGAAGGUCGCCGCAUGCAAGGCCGCCAAGGCGCGCCUCGAGGAGAGGUUCAAGACCGGCAAGAACAGGUGGUUCUUUACCAAGCUCCGCUUCUAGAUGGUCGGCGUCCCGAAUGGUGACCGUCGGUUUCUUGUAUGGGACACACUCCAAGCCAUGUCUCUUUUCGUAUUGCCAUGAAGACUUCUUCGUGUUUAGUCCUGGGGCUCUCAGGUAUAUUGUGCGUGUGUACUUCGAAUGUUUGGUCUUGGAGUCCUACUGAAUUGAUGAAUGUUCAAUUUAUGUCUUCAGGAUUAACAGCGAAUAUCAUUUACAAUCUUAUUUAUCCCAUUGGUUAGUUUGUAAACUUUUAAUAUUGAGUUGAUCGUGAACUGUUAUAGUA